AUGGCGAGCUCAGUGACGUUGCUUCUAUGGAGUCUUCUUCUUCUGGGAACCUUAAGCGCAAUUCAUGCCAAAAAGUCUAAGGAGAACUUAAAGGAGAUCACACACAAGGUUUAUUUUGAUGUCGAAAUCGAUGGAAAAGAAGCCGGUCGUAUUGUCAUGGGUCUAUUUGGCAAGACAGUCCCCAAAACUGCAGAGAAUUUCCGAGCUUUGUGCACAGGGGAAAAAGGAAUAGGUAAGAAAGGGAAGGCUCUCCAUUACAAGGGAAGUUCGUUCCAUAGGAUCAUACCAAGCUUCAUGCUUCAAGGAGGCGAUUUUACACAUGGAAAUGGAAUGGGAGGGGAAUCUAUCUAUGGUGAGACGUUUGCUGAUGAGAACUUCAAAAUCAAGCAUACUGCUCCAGGGCUGCUAUCAAUGGCAAACGCCGGUCAAGACACCAAUGGAUCACAGUUUUUCAUCACAACAAUAACAACAAGCUGGUUGGACGGGCGGCAUGUAGUAUUCGGGAAGGUCAUAACGGGAAUGGAUGUGGUCUACAAAAUCGAAGCUGAAGGGAAUCAGAGUGGAACUCCUAAGAGUAAGGUGGUGAUUGUGGAUAGUGGGGAGCUUCCUCUGUAA